AUGGCUGGUCGUGGUAAGGGCAAGACUGCUGGCAAGAAGGCCGUCAGCCGGAGCGCGAAGGCGGGCCUGCAAUUUCCAGUUGGCCGCAUUGCGCGCUACCUGAAGAAGGGCAAAUAUGCGGAGCGCAUUGGUGCUGGCGCUCCUGUGUACCUGGCCGCUGUGCUGGAGUACCUAACUGCUGAGGUGCUGGAGCUGGCCGGCAACGCUGCUCGUGACAACAAAAAGAACCGCAUCGUCCCUCGUCACAUUCAGCUGGCAAUUCGGAACGACGAGGAGCUGGGCAAGCUGCUGGGUGACGUAACAAUUGCGUCCGGCGGUGUCCUGCCUAACAUCCAUGCGGUUCUUCUGCCCAAGAAGUCUAAGGGCAAGGCUGAGGAUGGCUCGGCUGCCGUUUAG